UAACUGCCUGCCUGUGAAUGUUCGUUCUGACGUGACGUGUACUUCCUCGAUGGGUGGUGCUGCGCUACUUUCAGGAAACAAUUGUGAAAGUAAAUAGCAGAUCAUUAAGCUGGACAGUCUGCCGAAGCGCUGAGCGAUAAUAACGAGGGGCUACAGGGUCACAAACGCGGACAUGGAGACGAGUGCUUACGGUGCUUCGCUGGCCGGUGGAGCCUUUGAUUUCUGGGGCUUUCUGAAACGACCGCAGACUGUCGUCCGGCUGCUCAGUUGGCUCUUCUCCAUAGUGGUGUUUGCUACCAUCCUUUCUGAAGGCUACAUGAAUGAAGAGCAUGUAGACACCACUAAAUGCAUGUUCAAUCAGAAUGACAGUGCUUGCAGCUAUGGAAUUGGUAUUGGAAUUUUAGCUUUCCUGGCCUGUGUUGUCUUUAUUGUGCUGGAUGCCUACUUCCCCCAGAUAAGCAAUGCCAACGACAGAAAAUACAUCGUCUUGGGUGAUCUUGGUUUCUCUGGUGCGUGGACGUUCCUGUGGUUUGUGUGUUUCUGCUUCCUAGCCAAUCAGUGGUCUCACACUACUCAAACAGCUGUAAUAGCUGAUGCAGCUCGAGCUGUGGUGGCCUUUUCCUUCUUCUCCACUGCCACCUGGGCCAUGCUAACUGUGCUUGCAUUUCGACGAUACCGCCAAGGAAUGGACGAGGUUGGCCUAGGCUACAAUGAUCCAGCCGGCGACCAUACUUCCCCAUACCCUUCUGCAUAUGCUGGUGCUCCAGAGGGUUACCAGCAGUCCCCAUUCACCGCCAGUUCUGCGGGACAGGGAGGCUAUCAGCCUCCCGCGUACUGAGGGUGAAGGCAUUUUAACGCUUCUGAGAGGCUCACCUGUGUGGACUGUGUUUCAUAUGCUCCACUUUUUUCCUUUUCCAUAAGAGUUUAAAUUGUGACCAGGGAUUUGGUGUGCUUCGCUAGUGUGUAUUUUCGUGUUUGGAAAAAGCUAUUUAUUUUGAUUUCGUUUUGAUGCAAAUUCUAAACCCCUAUGUGUAAACGAUCUUUGCACUUCUGCAGAAUUAUCUUGCUAGUUUUUUUUUUCUUCUUCUCCAAAUUAGUUUCUGAAAAACAGAUUCAACACCAGCUGCAGUUUUUACGUUUUUGAAAUAGAUGGAAUUCGCUUUAUUCCAUGUCUUGAAUGCACAAUCACAUAAUGUAUGAACAUCUACAGAACUGACAUGCCUUAACGGUAGAGUCGUUUCCAUACAAAACCGAAAUCUAAACAAAAUUCCUCAUAUGCAGAUAAUAGAAAGUGAACAAGUGCCAAAUACAUUACCACAACUGAGUAAUUCCUUAAAAGCACUGCUUUGCCAUAUAUCACAUUUGUUGAAAAGUAUGCACUAAAUCUCAUACUAAAGUAUGCCAAAUGGCUUUAUUUACUGCUAACUUCAAUCUUGAGUCUAGAAUAGAUAACUGUUGAAUAGUUAGAUUGAGGUUGUGAGAUAGGAAUUGAAACGAGUAAACUACUGUAAAUGUGCUUUAAUUUAAUUUUUGACAGACAAUGGGCUUUGUGUGAAUACUAAGCCUUAUUUUUGUAAACUUUAAGCACCUGAGUAUUGAAGUAUGAAACAGUCAUAUAAUGAAAUAUUGUUGACGACUUCUAGCAGUUUACCUUUAAAAUGCUCUUUUAUGUCAGGCCAAAUUCACUGCAAGAUUUCUACCUCUUACUAUUGAAAUUGUGCCUUAUUUUGAAAGUAAUAUCUAGGAAUUGACAUUAUUUCCAAGGAAUUUCUAUACAUGUAUUUCUGCAUAGACUAUUUUAGAAGACUUUUACUGUUUUCUUGAUUUCCCUCAAAUGAA